AUGGACAAUUCUUCAGUUUUCGCAUUUCAUUCAUACGAUCCUUUGUAUCCCAGUGUAAAGUUUACUCAGAAGCUACAUAAUCAAAUUACAAGAAGUAAUAGCCUUCAACCAAAAAAAAAUAGUGUAAUUAAUUAUCAUUCAACAACGAAAAAAAAUGAUCCGAGACUUGACUCAGCUAUAAGCAUGCCAUCCGCAAAACAAUCCACAACAAGUUACGAUACAUCUAAAGGUGCUACGUUUUAUAUUAAAAGUAAUGAGAGUUUGGAACGAUGGGUUGAUGACUUGUUGAAUGAGUUUGAUAAGGCUAUGUCUGUAAAUUUAAAUACCGACAUUCGCCGAGAUAAUAGUAAAAGAGUUAAAGAGUUAAUUAAACAGAUCGAUGACAGACUUAGUAGAAAUAUAACGAACGAUAUUGAAGGUCUUCGGGAGUUUGUUCGCGGAAAGAAAUUUGACUAUGAACUAAAGUUAAAAAACGAAUCUUCAAAUUUUCAUGAUAUAAUAGAUGAGACGUUAUAUGAAAAUGAUAGUGCUGAGAAAACAAUUUCUGUUAAUCGAUCAAAUGACACUACAAAAGUGCAGCAGUCUGUGUUGAAUUUAUCAAAUUUAUCAAAAAAACAGCCAGCGAGGAUCCGUGUGGCAAAGUUUAUAAGUAAAGUUAUCGCCAAAAAAUCAUGCAUAGUGGAAAAAGAUACACAAACAGUAGAUAGUUGUAACUGUUGCCCGACUCCCCAAGAUACACGAAUAUCCAAUAACGAUCAAAUUGAUCCUGCUAGGAGUAGAAUAGAAACUGCACGAAAACAGAAUUCGCAUAUUGUUGGUACGAUUGUAAAACGAAAUAAAUAUGAGAGACUUUUGAAUGGUCGAUAUUUUAUUGAUAAAAAAAAUACUGUUGGUGAAGGGCAUCAUGGAAAAGUUUUCAAGGGUGUGGACCUUCAUAAUAAUGCGAGUGUCGCAGUGAAAUGUUUGAAAAAGCAAUUUACAUGUUCGAUAGGACGAUUCCAAAUUGCUGAUAAAAAACAAAAAAAGAGAAAUGCAGAAAUAAUACAUGAAGUGCCACUUUUAGAUUUAGUAGAAACCCCGCGAAAAGUAUAUUAUAUAAUGCCUCUUGCAAAUAAAGACCUAAGCGAUGUGAUUUAUCGUCGUCGAAUGAGUGAACAUUGUGUUCGAGAACUGAUGAAACCUAUAUUUGAGGCUGUUAAAGGUUUACAUGAUUCUGGAUUUGUUCAUCGGGAUAUUAAGCCCGAAAAUAUAAUGUUAUAUCAAGAUGGAUUUGCAAAACUCGGUGAUUUUGGUUUAUCUACCGAGUUUGGUUAUCACUCUGGAUUACAGGUUGUUGGAACACCUGCUUUUGCUGCUCCUGAAGUUCUAGGUCAAUUUCAUAGAACAGAUAAAUUGGCUUGGUUAAAUUACAAACGUGCAGAUUUAUGGUCAUUAGGCGCGACAUUAUACGUUAGUCUUGCAGGUCGAUAUCCUUUUGAUGAAAAUCAUCCAGUAUCUGAACAAUUAGUAUCCAGUAUACCAUUUCCAGAACGUAGAUUCAAACAUUAUUCAUCCAAUGCUGUCGAUUUAAUACAAAAAUUAAUGGUUUUUGAUCCUUUGAGGCGAAUUUCUAUUGACGACGCUUUACAGCAUCCAUUUUUUACAAAUGAAUGA